AUGAACAUGAAGGGUUUCAAGAAAUUAACGCUUAGUAGAAAGAGUUCUGAUUCCUCGAAGAAGGAGCAAAAGCAAAACAAUAAUUCGUCCACAACCAACUCCACCAGCAGCAACGGUGCCAGCAGCAGUGCUGCCAACAGUAACGCUGGGCCACCGCCUCCUCCUCCAAAACCUGCUUCUCAGCCAGCUACUUCAAAUGCCUCUCAUUCUCAGACUUUAUCUCCCCCAAUUCUCGUCGUCAGUCCAGACCAGUCUCAGACCCAAGAUCCUCGGUCGCAACACGCUCAACACUCAGCCUCCAAUCCAGCGACACCUCCUCGCGCUACUCCAAUCAGCCGUCUACGCGCUGGUCCCAGAGAUACGAUUCCUAUGGUAGGAAAACCACCCAGGAAACAGCGUAGCAGUCGCUUUGUGGUCACAGAGAAGGUCGAGAUAGAGCGUCUUCCUCCGUUUUCUGAAACUCCUCCGUCCGAUCGUCCUCAACUCUUCGUCAAAAAGCUUCACCAAUGUCGUGUACUCUUUGAUUUUAACGACGCUAGUUCCGAGAUGAAAGGCAAGCAAAUCAAAACCCAGACCCUUCAUGAAAUGCUCGAGUACAUCACCUCUCAACGUGGCGUGAUAACAGACAAUGUAUACCCCGAGGUCGUCAACAUGUUUGCGGCCAACCUCUUCCGUUCCAUACCCCCUCCUGUGAAUCCCACUGGUGAUGCGUUCGACCCUGAAGAAGACGAACCCGUCCUCGAACUCGCAUGGCCCCAUUUGCAGAUUGUUUAUGAAUUCUUUCUGCGCUUCGUUGAAAGCCCAGAUUUCAACACCAAUCUCGCCAAGAGAUAUAUUGAUCAGUGUUUUGUCCUCAACCUCCUCGAACUCUUCGACUCAGAGGAUCCGCGCGAACGCGAUUUCCUUAAAACAACCCUCCACCGAAUAUACGGCAAAUUCCUCAAUCUGCGCGCGUUCAUCCGUCGGUCAAUAAACAACGUCUUCUUCCAUUUCAUAUACGAGACAGAAAGACACAACGGUAUUGCCGAGUUACUCGAGAUCCUGGGUUCGAUCAUCAAUGGUUUCGCCUUACCAUUAAAAGAGGAACACAAAAUUUUCUUAACACGUGUUCUCCUUCCGCUACACAAAGUAAAAUCCCUCUCCCUGUACCAUCCACAACUCGCGUACUGCGUCGUGCAAUUUCUCGAGAAGGAUUCGGCAUUAGCGCAAGACGUUAUGCUCGGUUUGCUCAAGUUCUGGCCCAAGGUCAAUUCCCCCAAGGAGGUCAUGUUUCUCAACGAAGUCGAGGAGAUUUUGGACGUCACAGAUCCUGCGGAAUUCCAGAAAAUACAGGUCCCGCUCUUUCAGCAGAUGGCGAAAUGUAUCAAUAGUCAACAUUUCCAAGUGGCUGAACGAGCGUUGUUGUAUUGGAACAACGAGUAUGUGGUCAACCUCAUGAGCGACAAUUUGAACAUGAUCUUGCCGAUCGUAUUCCCGGCAUUGUAUACUAAUUCGAGGAAUCACUGGAAUCGGACAAUCCAUGGAAUGGUGUGCAAUGCAUUGAAGUUAUUCAUGGAGAUUAAUCCCGACCUAUUCGAUGAGUCGAUGCAACAAUACAAACAACGAAAGAUUGAAGAACAACAGGCCGCCGUCCGAAAGUACGAGCAAUGGCAAAAAAUGCGGUCCGUUGCUAUCAGCAGAGCACCCAGUGGUAUCAUCCCCAAUGAUAUUCCGCACCCGCCGCCCCCUCCGCCCCCACCUGAAGAUGACACAGAUAUACUAGAUUUAAGUAUGGAAUUGAAUGCAGCCUCGAUCGAUGAUAUGGUCGGUGGGAGUGUUGGUAUAGGAGGGAUUGGUGGCGUGGAUUUAGAUGAACACGGGAUCGAGAGAGUACCAAUGGCUGAUCCUGGGUUGGAUCAAACAUAUGACGUAGGUACUGAACUCAAUCAUCCUGGACACCAAUCUCCUCACGUGCGAAGGAAGAGUGUCCUUCCAGUCGACCCGUCGGUACUGCAUGAUUUACAAGCACAUCGAAGUUUAGAUGAUAUGAGGAGGAACGGGCUACCAUGA